AGCUCAAAAAGAGAACGAGGGGAGAGCUAGAGGGGUCUGUGUCUGUGCGGGGCAGCGGCGGCGGCGGGAGAAGGUAGUGCACAGCCAGCCGGACAGCUGCAUGGACCAGUGAGAGCCCCUGCGACUAGCUCCGCGCCAAAGGCUAGGAGGCGGCAGCAGUGGCAGUAGCGGCAGCGGCGGCGGCGGCGGCGGCGGCCGUGGAGGAGGAGGCGGCUGAGCGGGAGGACGGCGAGGAGGAGGAAGAGGAGAAGGAGGAGGGCAGAGGAGUCAGGCGCCACUGCCAUUUGAGCAGCGCCUUUCCAGCUUUUGCGCGCUGACCGCCGUGCCGGAGUGCCCGCUAUGGAACAGGAGAAAUAUCUGCCUGAGCUGAUGGCAGAAAAAGAUAGCUUGGAUCCAUCCUUCGUGCACGCAACGCGCCUCCUGGCCGAAGAAAUUGAAAAGUUUCAGGGUUCUGAUGGGAAAAAAGAAGAUGAAGAAAAGAAAUAUCUUGAUGUCAUCAGCAACAAAAACAUAAAACUGUCAGAACGAGUACUGAUUCCUGUCAAACAGUAUCCAAAGUUCAAUUUUGUGGGGAAAUUGCUCGGACCAAGAGGAAACUCCUUGAAGAGGCUACAGGAAGAGACAGGUGCUAAAAUGUCUAUCCUGGGGAAAGGAUCAAUGAGAGAUAAAGCAAAGGAAGAAGAACUAAGGAAGAGUGGGGAAGCCAAAUAUGCACACUUGAGUGAUGAACUUCAUGUGUUAAUCGAAGUCUUUGCUCCACCUGGGGAAGCUUAUUCACGUAUGAGUCAUGCAUUGGAAGAGAUUAAGAAGUUCCUUGUUCCAGAUUACAAUGAUGAAAUUCGCCAGGAGCAAUUGCGUGAGUUAUCUUAUUUGAAUGGCUCAGAGGACUCAAGUCGUGGAAGAGGUAUUAGAGGAAGAGGCAUCCGGGUACCUCCUACAGCUCCUUCAAGGGGCCGUGGGGGUGCAAUUCCUCCUCCCCCACCACCUGGACGAGGUGUUCCAGCGCCCAGGGGGACAACUGUGACACGUGGUGCUCUUCCAGUACCCCCAGUAGCAAGAGGGGUUCCAACUCCUAGAGCAAGGGGAGCUCCAGCUGUUCCAGGAUACCGGCCACCCCCUCCCCCAGCCCAUGAGGCCUAUGAAGAAUAUGGAUAUGAUGAUGGCUAUGGAGGUGAAUAUGAUGACCAGAGCUAUGAGGCCUAUGAUAGCAGCUAUGCGACCCAAACACAAAGUGUGCCUGAAUAUUAUGACUAUGGUCAUGGAACAAGUGAAGACGCCUAUGACAGCUACGCACAAGAAGAAUGGGCCCCAACCCGUUCCAGCCUAAAGGCACCACCUCCAAGGGCAGCCAGAGGGGGAUACAGGGAACACCCCUAUGGGAUUACUGCUCAUGAUUACCCCCUGUACUUCUUGUGUAUUUCUUCCUAUACUGUUGGCGUGACAUUGACAUUAGUAUUAUUUUAUAACACGGACUUAAAAGACUUUGGCAAGCAUCGUCUAUAAACCACUCAAUAGGAUGAUAUACUCUUGGUUGUUUUUCAUUGUUGUGUGUAUUUUAUUUCAUUUUAUUUUUUAUUAAAAGAAAAAGCAUGAAGCUGUUACCAGAUCUUGAGUUUCUACCAACUAGCUGAGGUUGAGCUUUGUUUAGGGUUGCUAAAAGAUUGUAAUAUGAUUUUUGAACUAGAUGAUAAUCAAGAUGUAGAUAAGCUGUUUUAACCUGUCUUUUAAUAUAUGUUAGUUAGAUGAAGAUGUUCGAUAUUCAGUUUGUAAAUUUAAUUUUAAAUGCUGUUUUAAUGGGGUUGAAAACAAGCAGCUACUGUAUGUAUGUAGCUAACUGAAUUUGUUCAGUGUUUUAACCUGUAUUUGUUAAAAAAGAAAAAACCACAUAAAGUUCCAUGUGUAAGCUUCUCUAAAUAGGAAACCACAAUUUUGUCAAAUAUGUUUGCCAUAAUUUGUCAAUAAAGCUGAAACCUUUUGUAACAAACUAAAUUUGGAAUUACUUGUUUUCUAGCUUUAAAUGCUUGCUUUAUUUCUUCUUCAAGAGAUGCCUAAAAUGUUUUCUAUUUAAAAUUACAAAAAUGAACCCAAGUCUGUUUUAAGAAUUUUGUGUAAGCCUUUAAAAAAUUGUAUUAAUAACUUCUGGUUGUUAAAUAAUUUAAAAGUUAACAAACUAAACUGUUACAUGAAUCAUGGUUAGUAAACACUAAUGUAUAACAUGUUAAUGGAAAAACUGGAUUUAGAAUAAUAAAUGGAUUUUAAACUAUC